CCUCCCGUCCUCCUGGCCCCGGGGAGGCCCGUAGCCCCGCCCCAGCACUGCUGCAGCGGCUCUGCCUGGCCCCCUCUCGCAGCCUGCGCCGUGCGGAGAAGGGCAGGAGAAGGGUCGCGCACUUGCGGCAGAGUAAUAUUCUUAGGUGCACUGAAUCUGUCUUAUUGUUGCCUUCCUCUAUCUUCAUUAUCAGCAUUUGGUGAGUGCAAAGCAAAUAAAAACAUGUACAGAAUCCCAAAAUCUUCUGGUAGCACCUAUCUACCUCGGGAUGAAACAAGCCAUGGCACCAAUAGUGACACCUCAGACACAGAAAAUCAAAGCCGAGAUUUAAACUGGCUAUCUCAAAGACAAGGACGUAUACCCAGUAGUACUGAAAGCCAGACCCCUAUUAGUCUCAGGCAGGAAGAUAGGCAGCUUCAACACUCACCCAAAAAAGGUAUCAGGCUUGUCUUCCACUUGCUAGGACUAUGCAUAACAGUUCUGUUGCACUUUGUGAUGAAAAUAUGCAGCGCUUUUGCAAGGAAGAUUUGGGCUCGAAAGAUUAUUUCACUGGUGCUGUUCCUCCUUUCUUUAUUCUUUUUUGGUACUUACUACAUGGGAUUGCUUGAUGGAGGAGGAAUUCAGAUGUCCAGGGGAAUAUAUAAUGGCUUUGUCCUCUAUGAUUUUAACCAUUUCUGGCACAAGGAUGAAUCAGAGAUAUAUGGAAUGGAUCUGGAGUCUCUAAGGCAGGCAAACCAUGUUUUGAAAGAAAUCCAAUCUCUUAAAGAGCAGGUAGAUAAGCUACAGACAGAGCUUCAUGCUCUGAGACAAGGUACAAAGGAGAUCACCCAGCGUGCUAUCAGUGAAGCCCUGGAAGGGAGUGAGAUCAAAGGUGUUACAACAUGGACUGUUAAAAGGAUGCUGAAUAAAGUACUUGAAAAGUUGGAUGAAGACCAAGUCCAGAUGCCUGAUUAUGCCCUAAAAUCAGCAGGUGCCAGCAUUGUUCAGUCCAGAACUACCAGGAGCUACCGUCAUAAUAGAGGAAAAUUCUUUUGGUUAUCAUUUCCAAUGCUGGUUUUUGUAAAGUCUCCAGAAGUUAUUCUUCAGCCCAACAAUUACCCUGGGGACUGCUGGCCUUUCCCAGGAAGUCAGGGUGAAACUGUCAUCAAACUGGCUAUGGAAAUAAUUCCAAGAGCAGUUACAAUGGAGCACAUUCCCAAGAAAAUCUCCCCUACAGGAGAAAUCUCCAGUGCUCCUAAGGACUUCGCUGUCUAUGGCCUAAAGGAGGAAGAUGAGGAGCAAGGAACUUUCUUAGGAGAGUUCAUAUAUAACUGUGAAGGAGAUUUAUUUCAAACAUUCCAAUUGAAGAAUGAACUUUCUAAAUUCAUGAGGUAUGUGAAACUGAAAGUGCUGAACAAUUGGGGCCACCCAGAAUAUACCUGCAUUUAUCGAUUCAGGGUACACGGAGAUCUAAAACAUACCCAGGAGUUCUUUGAACAGAGCCCAAUACCUUAGGAACCACCACCAGCAAAUUAAAAAUGAAAUUCACUUGGGUGAUGAAGCGGAGUGGAUCUUAAGAAAGGGUGUCCAUAGCAGACAAAAAUAAAAAUGCAAAGAAAAAUAUUUUUUGGCAAAAUUGUUUGUUUUUUAUUCUUCAAAAUGUUGCUGUAUCUUAUUCUAUAGAAACAGUAUGUAUAGUGAAUAAAUAGCAUUUGUCUAAUAUUUCUGAGAGUGCCUAGGGUAGGAAAUUUUGGAUCAGAGUGAGGAGGUUUCUACAGGGUAGGAUUGAACCUUAUGUGCCCCUAGGCACAGCAUUUUCUGUGUCCCCCCCUCUUCUCCGCUCUCCCCCUCCCCCCCCCGCCUACAGCUGACCUUUGUGUUUUCUCUUUUUUAAAAAAAUAAAACUUUUAACCCAUGGUGUCCCUAGAACACUGGUGCCCCUAGGCAUGUGCCUACUGUGUCUAAUUGGAAAUCCAGACCUGGGGUUCUAAUGAGAGAGAAAUAUGUUGGAUGGAUUUUUCUUCAAAUCUAAGUUACUAACCAGAAAAAAUGUAGUGGGUUUUUUUUUUCCCCUUAGAGAUAGGAAAUACAAAGAGCCCAUCAAAGCUUUCCCUUGUGUUCCAUGUGGCACUCUUUGCUUAUCCUCUGUUGACCCACAGUAUUGGCUAGGGGCUCCUGAAUUCAUAGACCGUGAUUGAAACUCUCCAAGAUCAAUCUUCACCUACCCCUUAAACUCAUGGGGGCAGUUUCUCAGCUAGUGUAAAUUGUCCUAGACCCAUUGACUUCACAUUAACAACUUAUACCAGCUGAGGAUCUGCUCAAGGAAUGCUGUUUUUUCCUUGUGCAUCUCCAAUCUCCUCUCUCAUUUUCACAUAAUUUCAAUGGAAGUUAGGAGCCUAAAUACUGUUGAGGAUCUGGGCCUGUAUGUUCCUGUUGGUGAGAAGAGAAGCUUAUGUAUUAUAUUCCCCAAGCUUUUUACCAAGACAGUUUGCCACUAAAAUCCCAUCAAGUCACACAGUUAUUUUAUGAUGUAUAUGUACCCCUCUCCCUUUCUCUCUUCAGCUUCUCUCUGCCCUUUAGUUUUUGAUUUAUUAAUUGGUUUUGUACAAAUAGGAUAGCUGGCAUUCAUCUCUCGAACAUUUAAUGCACUACCUCUGAGACAUGCUAUUUUCUAUCCUCAUAGGAUUCAUCCAACAAUAUUAAUAACAGCAUUGCAGCUUAGUUGCUAACUAUCUGUGACACCAGAUAGUAAGUUUAAUAACAAGAUCCAGGAGGCACCAGCACCAAUCUUGUUACUUAUUAAUAUCUUCCAUAUGCAUUACUCCUAUAUAAUGUUUCCCAAAGUCUCUGAUAGCUCCCAAAAAUUCAGCCAAUAACCAAACUAGCACAAUGUAGUUUUAUUGUCAAGUUAAGUGUUGCAAAUUUGACUGGAUGUGUGGCUUGCAUUUUUUUUUCUAUCUUUGAAUAACCUGAUUCUGGGGCUAGAAAACUUGCUUCCAUGGCAAACAAAGAGCAUCUGCAAUGUUUUCCAGAUCAUGGUAGGCCCCAUCCAGCAAAAUGCAGAGCACUUUCUGCAUGGUGCAUAAGAGUUGAGCAAACUGAACACAUCGUGGAACUGGCCCUCUUGUGAUUGUUAUUGAUCCCUGCAGUUUUGCAGCUCUUAGUCCCGAGAAGUAUUUACUUCUAGCUUGUUUUACCAAAAAUAGCUAUGGGGUUGUGAAUAAUACAGUUGACA